AUGUCGAUAACCAGAGGAUCUGGAUAUCACAGCCGUCAUCUAUCACAUCAGGGGUGUUUGACCAUGGAGGCUCCUAAUAGAGAGAGUAGUGUUCUCUCCAUUGAAGCCAGUCUCAAAACAAAAGUUGAUAUCAACUUCUUCCAAAAAAAGAUUUACCCGCCGCUGGGUAUUAUUAAGAGGAUGUGGAUCUCACAGCCAUCAUUUAAGAAAGGCAAAGAUGCUGUCACGAGUAUUCCCAUCGUACCCGCUGUGAAACAAUAA